ACCAGGGUUAUGUCUGCGAGGUUGGGGGAAGACCACGCUGCCCAAGUGGACUGCUGAGGAGACUCCUGAGGUGCGGAGACUCCUGAGGUUUGGAGACCACUGGCUUGACAUCCUAGAAAUGGUUGAUUUUCAAAGUCCUUCUUCCUAAUACUGUGAUUCUCUUCAUGAAGAGUGGCCCACCAGGUCGGACCAUCCUCUGUGGACCAGUUCUGCAAACACCAUGAGAGUUUCUCUGUUAUUUGCCACAGCGAUUCAGUGACAAACAUCAUUACCAGCCAAGCAACAGAAUGAGGUCCAAGCCAGCAGACCUAAGGAAUGGCAGCACAGUGACAGAGUUUGUCCUCGUGGGCUUUGAGCAGAGCUCCCCUUCCACACGGGCUUUGCUCUUUGCCCUCUUCCUAGCCCUCUAUAGCCUCGCCAUGGCCAUGAAUGGCCUCAUCAUCUUCAUCACCUGGACAGACCCCAGGCUCAGCAGCCCCAUGUACUUCUUCCUUGGCCACCUGUCCUUCCUGGAUGUCUGCUUCAUCACCACCACCAUCCCACAGAUGCUGAUCCACCUGGUGGUCAAGAACCACAGCGUCUCCUUUGUCGCUUGCAUGACCCAGAUGUACCUGGUCUUCUUUGUGGGUGUGGCUGAGUGCAUCCUCUUGGCUUUCAUGGCCUAUGACCGUUAUGUUGCAAUCUGCCACCCACUUAACUAUGCCCAAAUCAUGAGCCGGCAGGUCUGUGUGAGGCUGGUCAGUACUGCCUGGUUCUUCGGGUUGAUCAAUGGCCUCUUUCUUGAGUAUAUGUCUUUCCGGAAUCCCUUCUGCAGAGACCACCACAUAGAAAACUUCUUCUGUGAGGCCCCCGUAGUGAUUGCUCUCUCCUGUGGAGACCCCAGGUUCAGUCUGAAAAUGAUCUUUGCCGAUGCCAUCGUGGUGCUGCUCAGCCCCAUGGUGCUCAUCGUCAUCUCCUAUGCUCGCAUCCUGACCUCCAUCCUGGGCAGAGCCUCCUCCUCUGGUCGGGGGAAGACCUUCUCUACUUGUGCCUCCCAUCUGACUGUGGUCACCUGUCUCUACACUUCGGCCAUGUUCUCUUACAUGAACCCCCGUAGCACCCAUGGUCCUGACAAAGACAAGCCUUUCUCUCUCCUCUACACCAUCAUCACCCCCAUGUGCAACCCCAUCAUCUACAGUUUUCGAAACAAAGAAAUGAAGGGGGCUAUGGUGAGGGCCCUUGGGAGGAGCAGCCUGGCCCAGGCACGGUCUGUCUAGUGGGAAGACCCCUGGAGGGGAGGCUCCCUCCUCCAGCCCUGACAGGUGGGUAACUCUCCAUGCUCAAAGGCUCCAGGGAAGAGCAUCCUAGCUUCCUUGGUACUAGCAUCCGACCCGGAAGAGCCUCCUGAUGUCUAAUGCUCAUCUGUCUAGGUGACGUUAAACACCAUUUUCUCGGAAGUUAUUCGGGAGAACUUGUGACUUUUCUGAGUCAUUUUCUUCUAAAUUCUCACAACAGAAAUGCAUAAGCACAUAACUGCACUAAAAUCCAUUUCAUUUUCUUUGUACAGCAAGUUUACAUGCUCUUCCCAGCAGGAGUUCUGCAUGCACAUUUAGGAAUAAACAGUUUUCUCUUUCAGUGUACUGUUUGUAUUUGUUUUUCUUUCUCACACUCCACUCUCACUUCCUGAAUCUGCCUUCGUCCACGCUGCUCCUACAUGAGAAACAGUAGAGGAAGAAGUAAGAAAAAGGAAAUUAGGGAGCAGCGUUGAGAUUAAGACAAGUUGGUCAGAGAAAGAAGAAAAACUGAGGAUCACCAAGCUGAAUAUACCUUUUUAGCCUCCACUAGCCCAUGAGGGAGAAUUUGUGGUGGCAUGAAAUUACCAACACUGCAUUCAAUGUUUGUUUAGGUUCCUGUGUGUUGAGGAAGGGCAGGACAAGUGGGAGAGCCCAGGUGUCCACACCUUCUCCCUGAGUCCUCUAACUUCCUUAAGUACAUGAGUAUUUGAUGUUUCCUUCAGAUCCAAGUAAUAAGUACCUCUAUCAAGGUUCUCAGAAUACCAGUUUCCUUCCCUGUCACCCAUCCCCCUAAUUAACUCCCCUCUCCUGACUGCCUUCCUUUUGAGUAAUCAUCUAACAUCUCAGUCCAUUCAAUCCUAUUCCACCUUACCUCCUCAUCUUAAAUGGAGGCAUUUCAUUCCCUGCAGUUUUAAGGAACGCCCCCUCCACACUACUUCCACUGUUUCUGAAGACUUUCUCUUGGUAAUCCUGACCUCUCUACCUCCAUGUAGCUUCUCUCCUUAGUCAAACUCAGCAUCCCUUGAGAGGGCGUUAUGUUCUCAGCUGAUGCUCUUUCUUUGAAAAUUGCAUCCUU